AUGGCUGAGACGUUGUUGACUCGGAUUCCUCGAGGUGGUGAAGGUGGCACAAGACCUGAGGAUCUAGCGAUGGGAAAGCAUCCAGUGGUUCCUUCAAAUGCGGAUCCGAAGCAUGACGAGCAAACUGAGGAAGGGGCGAUGCUGGUGGACUUGGAGGCGACAAUUGCUGAUUUGAAGUCUUGGAGCAAAGUAUGGAAGGGAUACCUGGACAUGUUCUUGUUCUUCGCAUUCUUUGCACUCUAUCUCUAUGUUCUCAUCCAGCAGUUGGAGAUUAGCAAAGUAUACAUGAUAGACAAUGCCCUUCGAGAGGCUGUAGUCGACGAAUCAAAUUCUCUUCAGGAUGUGUCGACGUUUGGAGAUUUCUUCAACUAUCUUCAAAACCAAAUCAUGCCCAACGUGUUCCCGGAGUCCUGGUACAACGGCGACGCUUACAACACCAACGAGAGCGGCUACCUGUUGAGCUACAACAAGCUCGUCGGAGGGCUGCUGAUCAAUCAGCAACGAGGGUUGGUGAAGCCUCAUUUCUUUCUUCUUCAAUUCCCAAAGAAAUUCUGCAAAGCGCCGAUGUACAACUGCUCGAAGCUCGUGGACGGGGAGCUCAAAGACAACUGCACCAGCUCCUACAACAACUUCUACCCGAUUUGCUAUGAUCAGACCCCGAUGGAAACCAUCGUUCCAAAGGAGCAACGGGUCCAGUAUGAGAAUGUUCCUUGGACAGUCAAACUGGAUGAAUACCGCAACAUCGUUCCGGAUCAAAGCUGCCCUCCAACGUCUCCUCAUGACGUCAACGCUACAAGGGACGAUCCGAACUUUCCCGGCUUCUGGAAGAGCUUUACCUAUGAAGUCCCCAACGCAACCUCAGCUCCUAAUUCGCUGGGCUUUUGGUCCAGCAGCAGCGGGGUGAUUUCACCCCAAUAUGAGAAUGGCGGCUACAAGACCUUCCUAGCCCUGGCUGACGGCCCUGCUCGCAACCAGCAGAAAGUUCAGUUCCUACAAGACUACCGAUGGCUUGAUACGUUCACCCGCAAGGUAGAGAUCAGCUUCGCCGUCUACAACGGGAUGCUGCACAUGUUCACCUUCGUCAAGAUUCGAUUCGGGUUCUCAGUGUCGGGGACGUUCCUUCCCUUCAACACCAAAGGAGGCACCAUGGUCGACAUUAAGUCCAUCAACAUGGAGCCGUAUCGGAUCGCGCAAACUCACGGAUGCCUCAAGACGGUCGAGGAGCUCGACAAGACUGCUGCCGAGGUUUUCAUCACGCAAGGAUGGUCAGGGAUUGUCAAGGAAGACGAGAAUGGAAAGGAGAUCAGCGAAGGAGGGCUUUUAGCCUUCCUGACAGACAAGUGGACUCUUGUAGACGCUCUCAACUACAUCCUCUUUGUCUACUACAUCGUUCUCCGCAUCAGUUUGAUCCAGAUGAUCACGCAUGAGAACAAUGUCAUCAAGGUUCCCACCAACCGAUACGAGCUCAUUCUAGAGCGAGCCUCUGCAAUCAUCAGAAUGCAGCUCUUCGGCAACUUUUUCAACAUUCUCUUGUCCCUCCUCCGCUGCUUCAAGUUCUAUCGCUUCCAGCCAAGGCUGGCCAUCAUCAACAACACCAUCGAGACUUCCAUCCCCGACCUUUAUCACUUCCUCCUUAUGUUCAUCACCUGUCUCUUCGGCUUCGCCGUCAUGUCCCAUGUUCUCUUCGGGCCUCAGAUGAAGAUCUUUGCGACCCUCGGCGACGCGCUCGGAACGGGAUGGAUGAUGUAUCCUCAGCGCUUCUCUUUCCUCUUGCUCACCUCAGAUCGCAGGAUGCUCGGAGCCGGGCUCGACCGCUACGCAACGAUGGCGUACGUAGACGGCAAGAUGGCAGUCAUCUUCUACAUCGCCUUCAUGUUCCUCAUCUUCAUCAUCCUCCUCAACGUUCUUCUCGCCAUCUUGGUUGACUCCUACAUGGAAGCCAAGGACGCGACUGUGCAAAAGUACGGCGGGGAUGAAGAUUCGAUCCCCUCCAUCGCCAGCGACAUGGUGCAAAUCUCCCGCCACCUCUUCUCCUUCGAUGCCGCACGGGACGAGAUCGUGCUGGAGGUGCGAGUCGGAGGAAGGGAGGAAGAGGAGAAGGUGGUGGUGGUGAUCCCCAUGGUGGUAGUGGAGGAGGAGGAGGAGAUGGAUCAGAGCAAGGGAGGAUGCGGAUGGAGAGAACAAGCACUAGGGAAGGAGAAGGCAGCGUUGCAGCUGGUCAAGGUCAAGCCGCAAGCAACCGUCGACGAGCUCUUCCUCGCCAUCCCCUCGGAGCUACGGGAGAGGGACAAGAUCUCCGUAGGGAAGGUGGCGAGGAACGGGGGACUGCAAUUCGUGGAGGAGGAGGAGGAGGAGGAGGAGGAGGAGCAAGUGACUGCAAUCAAGAAAGCCCCGCAGGGAAGGCAACUAGAGCUCCUGCAGAAGAUUGUGGAAGAGAUGCAGCUCUACAAGUCUCUUACUGCUCCAGCCAACAAGCCAACGCAUGGAGACUCGAGAUCAUCUGAGUUCGCCAUCCGCACGUGA